AUGUAUGUGGCCCUGCACAAUCGAUCUCUGAUCAAAGUGCACGGUGUGGACAGUGUGAAACUACUGCAGAACCUCACCACGAACGAUGUCAAUAGACUGCGGCACCGCGAGACUGACCAAGACCCCACCGCACCACCAGCACCCUCAGCCAUCAGUUCGGCUAUUCUCAACAACUUGGGCCGCGUGUUGUUCGAUGUGAUAAUAUAUGGCCCCGCAGACGCAGCUGCCAACGAGUUUUAUGUCGAGUGUGAGCAGGACGCACGCGACGACCUCGUCAAGCACUUCAAGAAGUACAAGUUACGCUCGAAGGUCAAAUUCGCUGUCGAAGACGGUUUGGAGGUAACAGCGUUUGUUGGCAAAAAGGCAGCAGAUCUGGCCCUCCAGUAUUCAAAGAAUACGAACGAGAUAGCAGUGACCGAUCCACGCCACCCUGGCCUGGGCACGCGCGCAAUGGUUCCCACAGUCGCGGCGGCGGAUGUCGGCGUCAGCCUCACGUCACCGGACUUUAUGAGUAACCUGGUAGAAGGCACACUGACAGACUAUGUGCGAUGCAGAUAUCAUGUGGGCGUACCUGAGGGCUUGGUUGAGAUCACGAAAGAAGAGGCAUUCCCGCUCGAGUCGAACUUCGAUGUGUUGAACGGAAUUGACUUCGACAAGGGGUGCUACAUUGGGCAGGAGCUGACAGCGCGUGCGAAGUUUGUAGGCGUCACGCGGAAACGACUUCUGCCAGUCACCAUACAGCCUGCGCUUAACCCAGAGACAGCACCCCUCAGCGGGACCAAGAUAUACCACAAAGGGAAAUCGGUAGGGAAGUUCAAGCGCGGCAUUGACAGCGACGGAAUGGCCUUGCUGCGAUUGUCAGUGACACAUAUAGAGGAUGAUGCAGAGCUGACUAUGGAAGGUCCCGACGGCACAACCUAUCAGGUGCAUCAUCAACGACCCGCCUGGUUCAUGGACAUGCUCAAAGAGAUGGACGAAUCCUAGAGCACGUAUUUCUAUUGAAAGAUGGAUGAAUAAUGGAGCACAGAUUUCUAUGGAGAGAUGGGACGGAUCAUAGAGUACACAUUGCUAUUGAAAGAUAGAUGAAUCAUGGAGCACAGAUUCAGAUGAAGAGAUGAGACGGAUCAUAGAGCACAUAUUGGUAUGCGUGAACGACCGAGAAAAGCACAGACCUUGAAGAAUCCGACCAUUUGCACCGAAUAAACGUGGGCCCUGUGUCAGGGAACGUUAAG